AUUGAGAGUGAGAAAUAAGAUGCAACAAAGCAUUGCAGAGUUCAGCAAAUUCUGUCUUGAAACUCAGCUGGCGCACGAGAAUAACUCCACAAAACGAAAAGAAUCGACCUGGGUCGGUGAUCACAGUCAAAAUGGCGACCCGGUUAUGCAACAAUAUUUUGAUAAGGCGGUGACUUUGAUCCGCGAAACGUUGGAAGUUGACGCAUUGUAUAUUUUGGAAAUGCCUUCUUUGUCUUCUCGACCAAUCACCACCACCAGUCGACCAUCAAACAAUGAUUUUUCCGACUUCCUUUUAAGUAGUCCACCGCCUGAACCCCCGACAAAACGUCUGAGGUUUUUGGCAUCAUAUGGGCUCAUGAUUUCUCCGGAUGCGAUUAACACGCUCAAGACCACUUCGUUCUUGACACACUUAAUGCAGAUGCAUUCUCAGGGUUACAUAUUUCAAAAUGCCCUUCCUCCAAUACCCACACUUUUUCCCA